CGUAGAGAAGUUAUUAUAACAUAAUAUUCAGAGAUUAAUAACUCAAAUGAACAGCGAAGAAGAUAAAUGAAAGUCACUGAAGAAAGUUCAGAAGGAAACCAUAAAAUUUUUGGAGGGAAUAGAACUUCGUCCGGGAGAACGCAACUAGGCGAAUCUAUGACAACACUGACUAAAUCCACGGGCGGAUCAAGAGGAGAGGGGGGGAGAAGCUUUCUGGCUGAAGCCCUCUCCAAAAUGGUAAAAUAUAAUCAU